GUCACAAUGAUGGGGAAACAAUAUUCAAACGUCAUCAUGUGAAAGGGAAAGAUAUGUGUGUGGAUCGUUAUCGUAUGAAACGAGAUUCUCUCGCGAUGGAUGCUCGUAAACCGGACAGCUGUGUCAUCGUGAUCAAGAUUAUGACUCUCUUUGUGGCAGCUAUGUUGGUUCUCUGUCUUGGACAAGGAACAUUUGCACGUCUCGACUGUCAAGGCAUGCGUUGUCAUGGUAGAGGUUUCGUGGGUACAGACUGUCGGUGCUGGUGUUCUGCUAACCCCGUGGUGUACUGUGACAGCGGUGACGUUGCACCAGAUGAAAGGAAACGAAACCUGUUGACACUACCGAAACCACGAGAAAUUCUUUUGCCACACCGCCCUCUAAAAGUAAAAGUCCAGAAGGCAACAGAAGAAGAAGAAGAAGCAGCGUGUUUCCCUGGUGACGCUCAGCUUGAACUCGACAACGGAGAUACGGUGAACAUGAAGGAACUCAAAGUAGGGCAGAGAGUGUUAACAGUCAUCAAUGGUGAACGUGUAUUUGUGACUGUCAGGACCUUCUUAAAGCGACGGCCGCUCCUGAACGCAACGUACGUGACUCUGACGACAGUUGACGGAAACCACGUGUCGCUGUCAAGCGACCACUUAAUAUUUACCUCCGUAAACACGUCUAGCAAGAUGGAAGCCAGCAGAUUUGCUGGAUCAGUAAAACCAGGGGAUUACCUUUACUCCACAAAACGGUGUCCACGUGGUCAGUGUGCCGAGCGAGUGGCGGACGUCUCCAUCUCCCGCAAACAAGGUGCGUUCGUUCCUGUGACAGACGACGGCACUGUUGUAGUUAACGGGAUGUUGGCGUCGUGUUACACGACCGUUUCUCACGACGUCGCCCACGUCUUCGUCACUCCAUUCCGCUGGUUCCCCUGGCUGUUGGCUCGACACCAGCACGACGGCUACAGCCCUCUUGUUUCCCUCUUGAGUUCUGUCGGGCGGAUGGUUCUGUCUAAAGAUUAGCAUGGCGUUGUAAUGACAUUAGUGUCUCAAAUUCUAUUAGAGUCUCGAGUCCAGACUAAAAGUUUUAUAAGCACCAGGCCCCGUGCUUAUAAGCUUUAAAGUCUAGACUUUAAUAAAGUCCAGACUUUAACGUCAUAGC